CCGCUGUCCCGAGGGCUGGGGAUGUGCCCCGGCUCGGGAAGUUGUAGGCUGUAGAAGUUCUGCUGCCUCUCCCUCAUGUACUGUGCUGUUUAGAGCUUGUUACCCCCAACCCUUUUUUUUUUUUUUUUUUUUUUUUGGUGCUUUAUUGCUAUUAUUGUUAUUAUCUUAAUUUUUCUUCUUCGUGAUGUGCUGUUAGAAACCACUCCAGGACUACUCCAGCAGUAGGAAGACCGAGGAGUGGAGUGGAUGAAUUUACCGAUGAGAGAUCCAGUAAUCCCUGGGACAAGCAUGGCUUAUCAUCCCUUUUUACCGCACCGGGCACCGGACUUUGCCAUGAGCGCCGUGCUGGGACAUCAGCCUCCCUUUUUCCCGGCUCUGGCUUUGCCUCCCAACGGGGCAGCCGCCCUGUCCCUUCCCGGGGCUCUGGCUAAACCCAUCAUGGAUCAGUUAGUGGGGGCUGCAGAGACUGGUAUUCCCUUUUCUUCCCUGGGUCACCAGGCAGCAGCCCAUCUGAGGCCUUUAAAAACUCUGGAGCCAGAAGAAGAGGUAGAAGACGAUCCGAAAGUGCAUCUGGAAGCUAAAGAGCUUUGGGAGCAAUUCCAUAAAAGAGGCACAGAGAUGGUGAUUACCAAAUCGGGAAGGAGAAUGUUUCCUCCAUUUAAAGUGAGAUGCACUGGACUGGAUAAAAAGGCCAAGUACAUUUUAUUGAUGGAUAUUGUGGCGGCUGAUGAUUGUAGGUACAAAUUCCAUAAUUCCCGGUGGAUGGUAGCCGGCAAGGCUGACCCUGAAAUGCCAAAGAGAAUGUACAUCCACCCGGACAGCCCGGCCACCGGCGAACAAUGGAUGUCCAAAGUCGUCACCUUUCACAAGCUGAAGCUCACUAACAACAUCUCUGACAAGCACGGAUUUACCGUCUUCUUUCCCCCUCCUGCCCUCUCUGCUGCCGGCCGCUGCUCCCCCCAGACCAUUUUAAACUCCAUGCACAAGUACCAGCCCCGGUUCCACAUCGUCCGAGCAAACGAUAUCCUCAAGCUUCCUUACAGCACGUUCAGGACCUACGUUUUCCCGGAGACUGAAUUCAUCGCAGUGACCGCAUACCAGAAUGAUAAGAUCACACAAUUAAAAAUUGACAACAACCCCUUUGCCAAAGGUUUUCGGGACACCGGGAAUGGAAGGAGGGAAAAGAGGAAGCAGCUGACCCUGCAGUCCAUGCGCGUGUACGAUGAGAGGCAGAAGAAGGAGAAUCCCACCUCGGACGAGUCGUCCAAUGAGCAGACGGCCUUCAAGUGCUUUGCCCAGUCCUCCUGUCCUGCCGUGCCUGCCGUGGGCACCUCCAGCCUCAAAGAUCUCUGCCCCAGCGAGGGAGACAGCGAUGCGGACAGCAAAGACGAUCCCUUGCUAGAAGGAAACGAGUCGGGCAAAAUCAGCACGACCACCGCCGCCACCCCAGCGCCGGCCAGCUCCGCUGCCACCGCAGGGGACGACCCCCGGGACAAGGGGGGCAGCCCCUCCAAAGGGCACUUCUUCCCCGGGGACUCGGCAGGGAGUCGGAGCCGAGAGAGGACUGAGAAAGCCCCUCCGGACUCCCGGCACAGCCCGGCUACCAUCUCUUCCAGCACCCGGGGGGGAAGCCUGAGCGGCGAGGAACUGAAAAGCCCCCUCAGGGAUGGCCCCAAAGUAGAUGAGAACCGACUGCUGGGGAAAGAGCCCUUCACCCCCCUGACGGUCCAAACCGACAGCACGGCCCACCUGAGCCAGGGACACUUGCAGAACCUCGGCUUUCCCCCUGCCCUGGCCGGCCAGCAGUUCUUCAACCCGCUGGGGAACGGGCACCCGCUGCUGCUGCACCCCGGGCAGUUCGCCAUGGGGGGAGCCUUCUCGGGCAUGGCCGCGGGCAUGGGGCCCCUCCUCGCCACCGUCUCGGGGGCGUCCGCCGGGGUCUCGGGACUGGACAACACGGUCAUGGCCACGGCGGCGGCCCAGGGACUCUCGGGAGCAUCGGCGGCUGCUUUGCCUUUCCAUCUGCAGCAGCACGUCCUGGCUUCGCAGGGCCUGGCCAUGUCUCCCUUCGGCAGCCUGUUCCCCUACCCCUACACCUACAUGGCAGCGGCGGCCGCCGCCUCCAGCGCCGCCUCCAGCUCGGUGCACCGGCACCCGUUCCUGAGCGCCGUGCGGCCGCGGCUCCGCUACAGCCCGUACCCGCUGCCCGUGCCGCUGUCGGACGGCAGCAGCCUCCUCACCACCGCCCUGCCCGGCCUGGCCGCCGGCUCCGCGGAGCCCAAGGCGGGCGGGCUGAGCGCCAGCCCCGGCUCCGUGCCCCUGGACUCCGCCUCGGACCUCACCAGCCGCUCCUCCACGCUCUCGUCCGGCUCCGUGUCGCUGUCCCCCAAGCUGGGCGCGGACAAGGAGGCGGCCACCAGCGAACUGCAGAACAUCCAGCGCCUGGUCAGCGGGCUCGACCCCAAGCAGGACAGAUCCCGCAGCGGCUCCCCGUAACCCCCGGCUCCGGGAGCGCA